GUCCAAAUCAUAGAAACGGUUGUCCAAAAACGAAACUCACGAAACGCGGUAGGAAGAUAAAGAUACUCGCAGUUCCCCUCAGAAAACCCGUUUCCUGCUGUCGAUAUCGCUGUUGUUCUGCGUUAAUUAGAGCUGCUGAAAAUGAAAACUCUUUGUUUGUGGCUUAUGCUAGUGCUGAUCCUGUUGCAGCUGGGAUUGUGGCAAGUGGAAGCCAAGAAAUAUCAGCGCUGUGAACUCACACGCGUUUUGGUGGAAAACUAUAACUUUGACAAGACUUUCAUCUCCAGCUGGAUCUGCCUGGUGGAGCACGAGAGUUACCUGGACACUACAAAGAUCACGAGAAAGGAAAACGACAGCAAAAACUAUGGUCUCUUCCAGAUCAACAGCCGGGAUUAUUGUACUGAAGGACGAAAAGGAGGGCAGUGCAAUAUGAAAUGCGAAGACUUUUCCAAUGACGAUAUUAGCGACGACAUCGCCUGUGCCAGAAUGAUUCAGGAGCGCGAAGGCUUCAAGUACUGGAAGGGCUGGGAUCGCUUCUGCCGCAAUAUCCAGAAUCUGCCCAAUCUUCGCGUUGCUUGCAACCUGCGCAGCUUGUCUCCUUUGCGAUCACCUCGUGGUUUCCUUCCUGGCUGAACACCCAUUCCAAUGUACUACCACUUGAAAAUCUAACUUUAAAGAUAUAUAUAUAUAAACAUA